AUGGUUCUUGGAUACCCCCCUACCUCUGUCCGUGGCCCGAUCGCAGCAAUGUACCGCUCCCCCGGGCCAUGUUAUGGACUCCCCGGGCUGGUUGGCCAAAUCGCUCAUGAUCCAUCAAGCAAAUACUACCGUGGACCAACGUACGUGUUCGGUCAGCAUCAUGGUAAAUUCACAGACGACUGCAGCCCUGGGCCAUGUUAUUAUCCGGACAGCCGAAUUACCAGAUGUGGAAAGGAUGGCUCCCCACACUAUUCACUUCAUGACAGAACCCAGUCUGCUGCACCUUUCAAAGUGCCCGGCCCAGGAACGUACUCGCCAGAAAAGAGCGGCCCAUCUGCCUAUCACCAUCACCCAGAACACAGCUUUGGUGGCAUAUCUAAGAAGAGGUCACUGGUUAACACACCAGCUGCCAAUUGCUACACCGUGCCUGGAAUGAUUGGCAAGACAGUGUCGAGCAGUAAAAGACAAGCGCCAUGUUACUCGAUCACUGGGAGAAGCCAGACAGGCAGCUUCCAUGAGGACUUACGAAAGACCCCAGGUCCUGGGACUUACAAGAUUACAGACCCCGACAUCUACAAGCAACGUGCCCCAUUGUAUACCUUGUCAGCAAAAGACUCAACGCCAGGAGAUAACACAAGGACACCAGGGCCAGGAGCUCACUCACCCGAGAAGGUGAGAAUAAACAAUCGCCUUGCUCCUGCCUUCAGCUUUGGAGUCCGCCAUUCCGAGUAUCUCACUCCACUGAUAAUCAACAAUUCCGAAUAG